UCAAUUCACAAGCAGCCCAAAGAGAGCUCAACCAGAGAGAGACAGAGACAAAAAGGAGCCUUUUUAGAGAGGGAGAAAAAGGGAAAAAUCUUGAAGAUGUCUAAAGAGGAGAUAAUCAUUUUGGACUGUUUGCUCAGCCCAUUCUGUUGUAGGGUUAAGAUUGCUUUGAAUGAGAAGGGAUUGGGUUAUGAGAGUAGAGAAGAGGAUUUGUUUGGUUGGAAAUGUGGGAAAAGUGAGUUGUUGCUCAAAUCCAACCCUGUUUACAAGAAAGUGCCUGUUCUCUUGCACAAUGGGAAGCCAUUGAAUGAAAGCUCCAUCAUUGUUCACUAUAUUGAUGAGACUUGGCCUUCCCCUUCUCCUCUUCUUCCUUCUUCGCCGUACGAAAGAGCUCAAGCUCGGUUCUGGAUUGACUACAUCGAUAAAAAGGUAUUUGAAACGGGUUCCAAAAUCUGGAGGAGCAACGGAGACGAGCAAGAGGGAGCAAAGAAGGAGUUCCUAGAGAUUGUGAAGCAAUUGGAGGAAGCUUUAGGGGACAAAGAUUUCUUUGGAGGUGAAAGGUUGGGGAUUGUGGAUGUGAUUGCAAUCCCAUUGACAAGUUGGUUCUAUGCUUAUGAGAAAGUUGGAAACUUUAAAGUGGAAGAACACAGCCCCAAGUUGUCAGCUUGGCAAAAGAGAUGUUUGCUAAAGGAGAGUGUGGGCAGUGCCAUUUCUUGCCCUACGAAGGUCUAUGAGUUUGUCACCUCCAUGAGAAAGAACCUAGGGCUUGAAUAAAAACAUGUUGGGCUUCUCAAUAUUCAACAUGAUCAUAUCACCAUGAUCUUCCCCACAUGAUUGUUCUUUUCAAAUUUCAAUGGUGUCUUUUUUUUCUUUUGUGAUUUUGGUGUGUUCGUGGGUUAUUUUAAGAGUUUGGAUUGUAUUGUGAAGUUUUUAACUUUUGGUGUGAUUUUGAAUUCCAAAUAGUGGGAAA